UGUUUCAACAUGGCGGCAGCGGCAAGAGGAGGUGGAAAUUCUGGGAUAUUUUGGAUGAAUGGCGUGUCAGAUGAGGAACAGCCUUUGGUGUUUGUCCCUGGAGUAGACGGAGAGGUGAAGACUCAAUCACAUUUCAGUUUGGGACCAGGCAGCAUCAGUGCAUCCAGUAAAAGAAGUUCCAAGAUGCAAGCCAGGCAUAGCUCUGACUGCAAGAAUGAGACCACACUAAAGAGACGUGGCAAGAAACAGGGCCACUUACAAAGCGAGCACUCUGGGGCUUAUACCAAGGAAAAAGUGUCAGUCCAUCACAGUGCUACUGCAGCUACACAGCACUCCUUCUCUCCACCCACUGGUACUUUUUACCCCUCGACACAGGCAAUCUCUGAGACUAGCAGAGCUAAGAGCCUGGUCUGUUUAAAGGAUCUCUGUCCUGAAGAUAAGCGCCGGAUUGCGAACCUCAUUGAAGAACUAGCCAGAGUUAGUGAGGAGAAAGAAGACUCAGUGCAGCGUCUGAAGGAUGAACAGGAACAUUUUGAGCGCAAGAUUCAGCACCUGGAGCAACAAAACCUGAUCAUAGCACAGGAGAGGGAGAGCCUGCAGCAGCAGUACAGAGAGUGCCAGGAGUUGCUCGGGCUCUACCAACAAUACCUUUCUCAGCAACAGGCAAAACUUAACCAGUCCAUUGCCCAGCUCAGCCAGGAAUCAGCCCACAGCAAGGUACUCAGAAGUGAGGAAGCCCACAGCAGAACAUCUACAAGCAGAGCUAAUGGCUCACUCUUUGAUGGCUCAUACCUCAGUCUUGCUGAUACAAGAGCACGGCAGCCUCAAGUGCACAGGAGUGGUGGUGGAGGAAGAGCAGCAGUGCAAACCUUUAGCAACCCUGUCUCCCUUUCCUGCAUUAGUGAGAUCAGUCCAGCCGAUGGACCGAUUAGGAGUCAGAAAAGGGAGUGCAGGGAGCCACACUCAGAGUCUCACAACAAAUGUGAGCGCUGCCAAGGACAUGGUCAAGACAGUGGCUAUGGAACACAGAAACGGAAAAGUGAUAAUGGCUCUUGUCUAGACAAUGGCAACCACAGCCUGUUUAGCCAACAUGAGUGUGAAAGGCUCCACAGUGGGAAUGCCAUUGGCUCAGAGGUCAAUGAAGCCCUGGCCAGGCCUCUGCUGGGUCACGAGGACUGGGAGGAGAAGAGGCACCAGCUGCUGCUGCAGAAGAUGCAGUUGGAGAUGGAGAGAGAGAGGCUGCAGGCACGGCUGGCUGAGCAGGAGGAGAGACUCAACAGACAGAAUCAGCAGCUAUGCCAGUCGCGUCUCGAUUACAGCAGGUUUCAACUAGCUACUCAAUCUGAUCUCAGCAGGUCAGACACUAGAAAUGGAGAUCCACAGCCGGAGGGUUCUUCCCACCAAGAUUUACCCUCCAGUGUGUGUGAAAAUGCGGAGGGACAUCCUGCACAACACUCACCAACUGGACGUGCUCCUCUGGACAAUGGCAAUGAGGCCUUCGAGUGCUCCAGAAAGGACAUGGCCACGUCACCUGCUAAAUCUCCUGCAAAUCUGAGUAAUCCCACCUCAGUGUCUGUGAUCCAAAACCCCCCUGAGUCCAGGUUGGACUUGUCUGUGGUUGAGUUAUUGGACAUCUUUACUCCUGUCUCUGCACCUGAGCUAAGUAAGCCAUCCGCUCGAAGACCCAAAAUCUCGCAAUGUAGGUCGGCCGUCACUGCCCCCAAACCAGUGGGCAGAAUCCUGCUUACCCCUGUUAGGCCUUAUCCUCAGCAUACCCAGCAGGACCUGGAAGAAAGCCAAAUACUGGAGGAUAUUUUCUUCAUUUGCUGACAAAGAAGAAAAUGGGGAGUGAAAAAAGAACUAAAAACAAAGAAUCCAAUCACUUGAUAUUCACCUGUUUGGUCUUAACUUUGUUAACGUUUUACAUUUAAUUUUCAACUGACAUUCUAAUGAUCAUGAUGUUGUAGAUUGUACUCUUGUUACUGUGGUUUUAAUACAAAUAAACAAAUAUUUGUUCAUAAUUGGUUGUGCUUCUAGUUUGUAAUUGAUAUCUUAUGUUGGCAGUACAGGAACUCACUGGGCUAUGCUCAUUGUCUGUAAGGACGUAGGCAGCAUUAAUGCAAACUGA